UGUGUGUGUGUGUGUGUGUGUGUGUGUGUGUGUGUGUGUGUGUGUGUGUGUGUGUGUGUGUGUGUGUGUGUGUGUCUCUCUUUUCUGUGUAUCUGGGAGCAGACCAUAAACUCGCUCCUCGGAGCAGCGGCGGGCUCUUACCCUCGGAGACACGGGUAACCAUGACUCUGAUCCCUCCAACUUUAUGAGCGUGAACCCGCGGCGGGAUUAAAACGCAUUCUUCGCGUGACGCAAUGAGGAGACGACAGACGACGCGGACCCUACGCGCGCUCCACUAACAGCCCCCCCGAUACCGAUAUCGAUCUCGACCCCCGGACCCCCGCGAUGGACGAGGCGUGCUCCCCGGGAGACCAGCCCUGAGCCACCCGGGAAGCUGACUCCUCUCCCGGGAGACCACGGACAUGACGGCACCGGGACCCGUGUUCAACCCGCCGCGGUGGCGGCUGCGGCUGCAGAGUUUCCUCGCGUGCUGCUGUCUGCUGCGCGCGGUCACCGGAAAGGUCGCUCAGGAUGGAUACUCAGACACGCUGCAGAACACAGGCUCUCUCUCCUGUAUGGACGGCUUCACAGAGCUGGGCUUCUACAACGGCUCCGUCUCCCAGACCGAGGCCGGCACCCCCUGCAUGGUCUGGACCGAGUUCCCCGACUACGUGCUGCAGUACCCGGGCCGCGGCCUGGGGGCCCACGCCUUCUGCAGGAACCCCGACCGCGAGACCCAGCCCUGGUGCUUCUUCAGGCAGGCCUCGGGGGCCAUCGGCUGGGCCUACUGCGACUGCCUGCAGGGUGCGGCCCGGCUGGUGGGCGGGGCGUCGCCCAGCGGGGGCCGUGUGGAGGUGUACCUGAGCGGCCAGUGGGGGUCUGUGUGUGACACGCACUGGACGGACCGCGACGCCAGCGUCAUCUGCAGACAGCUGGGGCUCGGGGAGAUCGGGACGGCGCUCCAGCACUCCUACUUUGGACCGGGCGUCGGCCUCUACCACUACGAGAGUCUCGGUUGCCGCGGCGACGAGAACACCCUGCUGGCAUGUCACACGCGGAAGUUCCAGAGCGGCGACUGCAACCAUGGCAACGAGGCGGGCGUGGUCUGCGCUGCACCUGAGGGCAACGGGGCCCCCCUGCGGCUGGUGGGGGGUCUGGAGGAGUUCGAGGGCCGGGUGGAGGUGUUCCACGAGGGCCGCUGGGGCAGCGUGUGUGACGACCAGUGGGACGACAUCGAUGCUGAGGUGGUCUGUCGACAGCUGGGCCUGGGGGGGGUGCCCAAGUCGUGGAGCUGGGCCCACUUCGGGCAGGGCAGCGGGCCGGUGUUCCUGGACGGGGUCCACUGCACGGGUAACGAGCUGUCCCUGGAGGACUGCCCCCACAACGGAUGGAGCCAGCACAACUGUGACCACAUGGAGGACGCGGGCGUGUCCUGCAACCCCUACACCGACGGAGUGGUGCGCCUUGUGGCAGGAGAAAGCCCCUGGCAGGGCCGGCUGGAGGUCUACCACCAGGGGGACUGGGGCACCGUGUGCGACGACAACUGGACCGAGACCAACGCCCAGGUGGUCUGCAGACAGCUGGGCUUCAGUGGGCGGGCGGCGGUGGCGCGGGACCGGCAGUAUGGCGAGGGGGCGGGUCUGAUCCUGCUGGACGAGGUGCAGUGCGGGGGGAAGGAGAGCUCCCUGCUGGCCUGUGGCCACGCCCCCUGGGGGCGCCACGACUGCUCCCACAGCGAGGACGUGGGAGUGACCUGCCAGCCCGCCCCCGAGAACAACGACAUGCCCGCCCCCCCCACCCCCACCGGCCCGCUGGUGCGUCUGGUGGCGGGGGAGAGCCGGAGGGAGGGCCGGGUGGAGGUCUUCCUGGGGGGUCAGUGGGGGAGUGUCUGUGAUGACGGCUGGAACGACCUCAACGCUGCAGUGGUCUGCAGACAGCUGGGAUACAUGGGCCCAGCGAAGGGCCGCUCGAUGGCGUACUUUGGUGAGGGGCAUGGCCCGAUCCACCUGGACAAUGUCAGGUGCUCGGGGGCGGAGUCUUACCUGGGGGCGUGUCCCGCCGAGGGCCAGGGCGACGCCCACAACUGCCGGCACAGCGAGGACGCCGGAGUGAUCUGCGACUACAAGGCGGAGCCGGCCGGGAUCACCGCGGCAACGCACGCCACCUGCGGCGUCCGGCUCAACAACCAGCGGCGGCGCAGGCGCAUCGUGGGAGGAGACAAGUCCCUCAGGGGAGACUGGCCCUGGCAGGUGUCUCUGUGGCUGAAGUCUCUGUCCAAGGGAAACCAUCCCCUGUGCGGAGCCACGCUGAUCAACUCCUGUUGGGUCGUCACGGCGGCGCACUGCUUCAAAAGGUUCGGCAGGGACCCUGCGCGCUACAUGCUACGACUAGGCGACUACCACACGGUGGAGCAGGACGACUUCGAGCGAAGCCUGACCCCGGAGCGCAUCGUGAUCCACAGGAAGUACCUGAGCCAGGGCUGGGAGUACGACAUCGCUCUGCUGCGGCUGAAGGGCGAGGAGGGGGGUUGCGUGGCCUCCAACCCCCACACGGGGCCCGUGUGUCUGCCGGCCCCGGGGCCCAAGCUGAGCGCCAAGAGGCCCGCGGCCUGCGUCAUCACUGGCUGGGGCAUCACAGACUCGGAGUACUCCCGCACCCUGCUACAGGCCUGGGUCCCCCUGCUGCCGUCCUGGAAGUGCAAGAAGCGCUACGGCGACCGCUUCACCAGCCGCAUGAUCUGCGCCGGCAGCGUCUCCGAGCACCGCCGCGUUGACAGUUGCCAGGGCGACAGUGGCGGCCCCCUGGUGUGCCAGGGGGAGGGGGGCCAGUGGGCGCUGACGGGGGUCAUCUCGUGGGGUCACGGCUGCGGACACCCCUCUUACCCGGGCGUGUACACCCGGGUCAGCCGCUUCCUGCGCUGGAUCGACCAGGUGACCGGCAAGCCCUCCAAACACUGAACGCCGCCGCCGCCGCCGCCAUGAUGACCACGGCGAUGGCGGCGUCGCCGUGCGGCGGAGGCGGUAACCGUGGUUACCACGGGACUUCACGGGACGUAGUGGGGGGGGCUGGGGACAUGUUUGCGUUUAGGGGUGAUCACACUGGUUCUAUGUACUGUAGACACCCAGGAAGUAGGUACGCCGUAGGUCUGGGUGCCUCUGGGAUUCUGAGGGCACCCAAAGCUAAACAAAGACACUAAUUGAGUAACAUCUGGCUGAUCUGUCGUAGGACAGAUGUGUAUGAAGAUAUACAUGUGAGUAUAUGGAUAUGUCUGUCGCCCUGACGGGGGUUCAGAUUUUUGGAAUGGGGCGUACAGCCGUGAUGUGGAGACCCAUGGUGUACCCACUACAGUGUGGGCGUCUACACUGAGGUAUCACCCGGCCUUGGCAGUAUUUACGCGAUGCCCGCUCGCUCCAUCCAUGCCCGGGUAUCCUCUCACGUCGCCCAUCCUCAUGUUGCUCCAGGCCCCGGUACCGUGUCCUGGUAAGCAUGCGCAUUGUUGUCAGUGCUAGAGCCAGGUUACUGUAUUUGCUUCUGUGUGGCUCUCUGCAUGUGCCAUGGAAACAUGCCAACACCACCACCACCACCACCACCUCCUCACCAGUAGUGAGACAGUACAUGCACUAUGGCUGCUCCAUGCAUCCUUUAUAACCCAGUAUGGAUCCCCAUAGUGUUAGCCUGGGGAUCAGGGGGGUAAGGGUCUCAUCUGACUGACGAUGGAUGAGGCUUGUCUGUGUUUUGGAUUUGUACAUAUUUGACGAUCUGUGCGUGUUAUUGUGUUUCCUGAACAUUCCUGUUGUGUUGUACACACUUCCACUGCCUUCUCUUCCUGGUUAUUCACACCGCCGGUCAAACCGUUCGACCUGAGGACUCACAGGACGGGUCCGGCUGCUGUUGUUUUAUUCAAGGAGAUUAAAGAUGCUGAUGGUAAGAUUUAAGAGUAGAAAGAGAGAGAGAGAGAGAGAGAUAGUAAAUAAAGAGUUCAAGAUUUUUUAACAAAUACAACGCAGAAAAUUCAAAACAGUAUUCAAUGUUCUCAAUUCUCCACAACAAUAACAAUACAACUGCUGACGACCAUUUCUCCAAAAUGACUCUCGAAUAAUAACAGCUCUCAAAUCUUACCUACUUCACCUUUAAGGUUAGCUUAAGGAAAUCUUAUUUUUUUCAUUGUGCUGUUCAUUAAGGGGCCCUUCAUACGAAAAAAAAAAUCUUUUUCCAAAAAAGACAAAAGAACUACAAUGUGAUUAUGAACCAUCACAGGAGGGAGAUGGCCAAGUUUCUACAUCGCCAACAAUGCAUCAGAAGCUGCAGUAAUUGUCUUGUUCACGUGCUGGUCUCUCUCUGUAUUGUUUACUUGGCUUGAAUAAAAGUCCUUCCU